AUGUGCGCUUCCGGGGUAUGGGAUAGUGUCUAUGCGAAGAGAGUGAUGGCGGAUGGCGACGAGAGCAGGCGAGGCGUCGUUGCGUUGCUGCAGACCCUGGCCAACUUUGCCGGAUUGCGGACUGCAAGACGCAAGAGCAACGACGCCAGAUCUUCGGGAGUCGGAGGUGUUGGGGCGAGCGACAGCCGAAGACAGCUCUGUUGGCCGCGCCGGGCUCAGGGCAACACCAACUCUGGCCUUGGCGCCUUCCGGCCUCCAUCACCGCGCACACAUAAUCCCAGCUCGGCGCAGGUGGUCACGAUGGCAAGCGCACUCCAUCAGCAGGAGCUCGCACCGGGCGGCUGCACCCAUGCUGUCUUCCUCAACCUCCACUACCACUCGGCCGCCCCUUCCAAGAACCAAUCCUCCUUCCUCCACCGCGGCCGUCUUCGCACCCAGCUCGUCACCGCCCGCGACGACCUCCUCACCAUCUACGAUGUCUACGACCGCAGCUCUUCCCAUCCCACUGCCAGCACCAGCAACGGUACCGCCAAUGGGACCACAGUCGACGCCAAGCCGACGCAUACGCUCGUAGUCGCGCGCCAACAUAGCCUCUUUGGCACGGUCACGGGCUUGCGGCGCGUAGACACGCUCGCGAGCGACAAGGACGCACGACACCGUCUGCUCGUCUCGUUCGCCGAUGCAAAGCUCGCUCUGCUCGAGUGGAACGAUACCACCGACGACCUCGAGACCGUCUCGAUCCACACGUACGAGCGUGCCACCCAGCUGCUCAACGGUACCCCGCCGCUCUUCCGCCCCAACCUCAACGUCGACCCGCUCUCCAGGUGUGCAGCGCUGCUCCUCCCACACGACGCCCUCGCCAUCCUGCCCUUCUACCGCGACAACGCCGAAUUCGACCUCGACGACCGCCUCGGCUUCGACCUCGCCAACGAUGGGCUGGACGCCUCGGACGCCGCGGCCAUGGCGGCGGCCGCACACAUGGAGAGCUUGCCCUACUCGCCCUCGUUCGUACUCACCAUGCGCGAGGUCGAGCCAAAGAUCCGCAACCUCAAGGACUUUUGCUUCCUGCCCGGCUUCCAGAAGCCCACGGUGGCGGUGCUCUUCGACCACUCGCCCACCUGGACGGGGCUGCUGACGCACCGCAAGGACUCGUUCGCGGUCUACCUCUUUACGCUCGACCUCUCGGCGUCGCUCGAUGGCGCCACGCUCGGAUCCGCUGCGGCGCUGCUCGACGACGGCAACGUGCGCUCGGCGCAUCCCGUCGUCACCACCAGCUCGCAGCUGCCCUACGACUGCCUCUACAUGCUCCCCUGCCCACAAGCCCUCGGAGGCGUGCUGGUCGUAUGCAUGUCCGCAAUCCUGCAUGUCGACCAGAGCGGUAGAGUCGUCGUCACCGCACUCAACCGCUGGUUCAAAACUACCUCGGUCAUCGAGCCCGAAUCCGUACUCGACGUGCCCGGCGUAGCCGACCUGCAGGCCUCCCAGCUCGUCUUCACCACCGACACAGACGCAGUGCUCAGCCUCAGCAACGGCGACCUCUACCGUCUCCGAUGCCACAUGGACGGCCGCAGUGUAGAGGGCUUCCGCCUCGAGCGCAUCGACCAACUCAGCGCCGGCGAGGAUGAGAUGCAUGCCGCGACGGCACCGCCGCCUUCGUGUCUGGCCAUCCCGUCGUAUGCCGCCGAUCAAGCAGGCGCAGCCAAGCCCGACAUGCUGUUCGCCGCGUCCAUGGCGGGUGAUGCGGCGCUGUACGAUCUCGUGCCCGUCAAAGUGGCCGUGGAGCAAGCCGAGCAGGACGCCAAGGCGGGCGCGGGUGCGAACGACAUGGACCUCGAUCUCGACGACGACCUGUACGGAUCUUCCGCCGCCGACUCUGCGAGGGCCAAUGGCGCGAGCAGGGAGAAGACCGUGAUGGCGCUGCGCAUGGCAGACGAGGUACGCUCGCACGGCACGCUGCUCAGCAUCGCACGUCGCAGGCUCGCCGAGCCCGAGCCCGGCUCGUCGAAGCGCCACACGGUGGUCGGCACGUGCGGCGCGGGCAACCAAGCGGGCCUCGUGUAUCUCGACCCGCGCUUCGUGCCACACCAGCGCACCAGGCUCCGCCUCGGCGACAAGACACACGACGAGCCAGAGUCGCCUGCCAAGUGGUCGAGGAUCUUCACUGUCGGCACGGACGCUAGCGGAGGUGUGCUUAUGAUCGCGUCUGAUUCGGAGAGCGAUCGAUCGAUCGGCUUCGCCAGCGCCGCCAGUGUCGGCCACAUGGCUGACGCAGCACAAGCGACGGGCGUGGUGGAUCUGCAGGGUGCCACGAUGAACGCCGGUGAGCUUGUGGGUGGCGAUGCGAUCGCGCGCAUCACGCCCACCAGUCUGCAGGUGCUCUCGUCGAGCUCGUGGGAGGUGCUGCACGAAACGGCGGUUUCGGGCGCGCACGUCCUCUCGGCCAGUCUGGAUGCGCAGCAGUACGCCGUGCUGCACACCGCCGACGGCGACACGCUCAUCUACCGCCACGACGCGCAGCACCAACGCUUCGAGCGCCUCGACCUGUCUACGGUGCAGCAGCGUUCGUCGAUUGUGGCGGCCAACGUGUUCCGCGAUACGUACGGCCAGCUCGCUCUCGCGCGCGGCACCAAGGCCGCGUCGGGAGAGGCCAAAGUGGCGGCACCGACGACGCGCGCGCUGGCGUUGCAGGACGACGAGGAGGUCGACUACGACGACGACGUGCCCGAGCCCGCUGCCGCCCCCACCCAGCCUCGGGACGAGAGCGCCCAAGCCCCAGCGUACCUUUUCGCGCUGGACAGCGAGGGUGUGAUGCGCAUUCUGACGCUGCCGGAGCUGGAGCUCGUAUGGAAGAACGCCAGUCUUGCCGCACAGCCACAGCGGCUGAGGUACGAAGAGCACGGGCACGCCGAGAUUGCGGCGGAGCAGGUGGCGAGCGUGUCGAGUGCGCGCGCCUGCCACGUGGGCGACAUGCUUAGCAUCGUCUCGCUCACUGCGGACCACUUUCUCAGCGUGUACCGCAGCAAUGCGUGCGCGACCCCUGACGAGGUAGCCAAAGCGCAGAGCCAGCUCGACGCCAGCCAUGGCGCAGCCGCGCUCGGGUUGACGUUCAACAAGGUGCAUGUGCAGGUGCUGGCGGUGCCUGCGGGUGCGCGCUCCUUUGAAGCGAACGGUGACGGCGUCCGCGGGGGACCGGUGAAGCUCGAGCCGAUUGCGAUUGCGAGCAACAGACAGGGGCAAGGGAGCGGGGAGACGCACGAGCCGAAUGCGCUCAUCGUGCUCGGUGGCGGGCGUGAGGCGCAGGCGAGUGUGCUGUGCUGGACCCACCAGGGCGGAUACAGGCUGCUCGACUGGGACGACGGCAGCCUCGCCUGGGCUGCUUCCAUCCCGCGCGCGCCAUCCACCGGCACGUCGGCUGCUGAGUUCGCGUACUGCGACCGUUCCGGCGCUCUGUGGCUGGCAUGCUCGCCCGAGGGCCUGUACUCGACGACCGCGUGGAUGUCGAGCGUGAUCCGCACGGGCCGCGAGUACACGCGAGUCGUCGCACACGACCCUACCCACACAGUGAUUGCCGCCUCCGUCCAACCGUGUCGCUUUGUCCUCUUCGACGAUGAUGGCGAGCCGGUGCCCACGGGCAACGAGACCGACGUUGCCAACGAAGACGCCCACCCAAGCCAAGGCGUACGCGGUUCGCUCGAGCUGUUCAUCGACGAAGACCGCACGACUGCUGCGGACGGCUUCGAGUUCGAGCCCAACGAAACCGUGACUGCGCUCGAGCUGGUCAGCCUCGAUGCAUCGAGCUCCCCCACCGGGCGGCGGCAAUUCAUCGCGGCUGGUACCACCACCUUUCACGGCGAGGACCGCACGUCCAAGGGUAGCGUGUACCUGUUCGAGGUGAUCGAGGUCGUCGCGGGCAAGUAUCAGCUGGGUCGCGAUUUGCGGCUGAAGCUGGUGUGUCGUGACGACGCGCGUGCGCCCGUGACGGCGAUUGCCGAGCUCAACGGCUUCCUGCUCAGCACGUGUGGGCAGAAACUAUACGUGCGCGCGCUCGAGAAAGAAGAAUGGCUCAUCUCAGUCGCUUUUUUGGAUGGGCCGUUCUACAUGACGAGCCUGCGCGUGCUCAAGAACUUUGUGCUCGUCAGCGAUGCCAAAAAGUCGCUCUGCCUACUGGCAUUCCAGGAAGAACCGUAUCGGUUCGUCGAUCUCGGGCGAGAGAUCAACGACCACAAUGCGUCCAUGGCGCAGUUUCUCGUGUACAACGAUCGACUCUCGCUCGUCUCUACCAGCGACGUACCUCUCGGUGGCAUUUCAGGGUUCGGUUCAACUGCAGGCGUGAUCCGGCUAUACGAAUAUGCGCCACACGUAGCUACGACACUGGGUGGACAUAGGUUGCUGUUGCGGAGCGAGUUUCAAACCCCCGCUGCCUCGGUUGGAUCGACCGUAUGUCGUGGACGCUGGCUUUCCGAUUCCGAAUUGCGUGGUCGCGAAGAGGGACGCAGCAAGCUUUUGCUUGCCAAAGCCAACGGGGCCCUCGACUCGCUCUCAGCACUCGACGACAAAGUAGCCAAGCGAUUGCAUCUGCUACAAGGCCAGCUGGUUCGUUCAGUCCAGCAUACGGCCGCACUCAAUCCGCGUGCGUUCCGAGCGGUGCGAAACGAUUUCGUGCCCCGCACGCUCGCCAAAGGUAUACUCGAUGCAAGGCUGCUCGAUCGAUUCGUCUGGUUGUCCAGACCAAAGAUGCUCGAAGCCGUACGUACGUUGUCUGGCCUCUUUGACGGCUUGGAUCAGAUCAAGAAACGCAAGCACGAAAACGAGGAGGAUGAGAGUGACGACGACCUGCAACACAUCGAACAGCUCAGACUCCAGUCCGAACAUAAGCGUGUCCAGCUCAUCCUCAAGGAUCUGCUUCGAUUGCGACUCGGCUUUGACCAGGUCUAA